CCGUACAGAAAACAUAGCCCAGCUUACCCAAAAAUAAACACAGACUUAAAAAAAAUGUGAAGUGAAAAGUGCCAAACCUAAAUCACUAUGCUGAACGGAACGACAGACAGGGGCGGAGUGUCCCUACAAUCGUCUCCAGUGAAGGUCUCAACGUCCCCAGUUAGGGCCACAUCUAGUCCCGUGCGGGCUCCACCAUCCCCACUCAAGAGUUCCUUAGCCAGUGGGAGACGAUCUCCUAGGAGAUGUCAGUUCGCGGCCCCAGUAGAGGAUGCGAGGGAUAAGUGUGGGGCCUCAUGGUUGUGUCGAAGAGGGGCCGGGAUUGGGGAGGAAUCCGACCCUGAAAGGUCACCGGGACCGAGUGCCCCGGUGCUGCAGGCCUGUGACGAGUCUGUGCCUCCGCCGAAGAACUGCUUCAGACUGGUUAUGUUGGGGUCAGCUCGCGUGGGCAAAACCUCACUGGUCUCCAGGUUCCUGGGCACGAAGUUCGAAGACAGCUACACGCCGACCAUCGAGGACUUCCACCGUAAGCUGUACAGGAUCCGAGGAGAGGUCUACCAACUGGACCUGUUGGAUACCUCGGGAAACCACCCCUUUCCUGCCAUGAGGAGACUGUCGUUUCUUACUGGUGAUCUCUUCGUGCUCGUAUUCGCGAUGGACAGCCGGGAGUCAUUCGAAGAGGUGAUCCGUCUUCGGGAACAGAUCUUGGAGACGAAGGCGAGUGCCAGCAGCGGAGGCAGCAGGGGCCGGCGGCAGGCACCCAGGGUACCUAUGGCGAUCGCUGGCAAUAAGUGCGAUAGGGACCUUAAAACCGUCCAGCCCGAAGAAGCAGUAGCGUACUGCAACACCCAAGAUUCAUCGUGCGUCUUCGUCGAAACCUCAGCCAAGAAAAACUUUCACGUAGACGACUUAUUUUACGAGCUCUUCGUUGUAGCAAACCUACCUUUAGAAAUGGCCCCGAACCACCACAAGAGAGUCAGCACAGCAUUUGGAAGCCCCUGUACCUUACCCCCAACCAGCAGCCAAAGUAGCAGAAGUAAAAAAUGUACCCUUUCAAUCAAGAGAAGAUUAUCUGACGCUUGUGGAGUCGUAGCACCAAACGUCAGACGGCCUAGCAUCAGAACUGAUCUAAUGAUAAUGAGAACCAAGACUUGUGCCAAAGGGGAUACGGAUAGUACGAGUGGCAGUCCGAAAAUAACCCUGAACCGCCUUGUAAGGUCCUCAGGACAGAGUGAAAAGCGUUCGUGUGUUGUACAGUGAUAUUUAAUGUUAGUAUUGGUCAGGUUUUAGCUGUUGACAGGUGCUGUUAAGGGUUGAGUGCUCCAAUGACCCUAAGAGGUUGGUGCUGAUCGUGCAUCGUUUUAGAUGCGUAGAUAUCGAGUUUGAUGAGUAGUUUUUUAUUUGUUAAGGAAACGACUGAUGGUUGGUGUUUAAGAACUAUGCUCAAAUUGAGGUGCUGUUGGAAAUUUGGAAAUAUUGUUUUUAUGGGCAAAGAAUCGCGUUUAAGGUCGUAAUGUAAUUAAUGUCUUUAAAUAUUUAGGCCUGGUCUCAAAAUUACUAGGUAUGUAUUUGUAAAAUUUCUGACAAGCAGUUUGCUUAUUUUGAACUCUUCAUUAAGUUUAUAUUUAAUUUUAAUUGAAUGUCAUCAAACUCAAUGUCUAUGCAUUCUAACAAGACAAGCCCGACUGAUGGCUGAUUUAAACAAUCUGCGUCUUUUAUACGUUUAAAUGGAGUUUGCAAUGAAAACAAUGGGAUUCGUAAACACCCAUUGGUAUUAAUCUUUUAGAAUUAAUCAGAUAUAAUGAUUGUACAAUUGCAACUUAAGUUGUACUUGGAAUUGUUUUAAUCAACCACAUUAAUGAAUAAAUCUAUGUGUUAAUGUUUUUAGGACUCGUGGAGUUCAUUACAACUAUGAAAACUUCUGAAUUGAAACCUUAUUUCAGAGGUUUUGAUCUUCGAUACACCAUAUCAUUCAUAUUUUGAAAUCUAUUAUAAAUGCUGUCUUAAAUUUAAUAAAAAACAAAAAGCUAUCUUAUCCUACUUACGUAACGCAAGCAGGAAUCGCGCUUAUUACUCCACGAGUUUCUAGCUCAAUACAAUAGACAUAAGGUUGAUAUUUGUAUGAACAACAAGUAUUAGUCACGUUGUUUAAAUGAUGGAAAGCAUAUGGGAUAAGAAGAAAUUACGUAAUAUGUUCAAUAGUAAUAAUAUCACGUUAUGUGUUAAUGAACGUACUUAACGAGAAUGGCUGUUGAGCUUGGAAUGUGCUACAUAAUAAACAAUGUUUAAUGGACUAAUUAAUUAUAAACUCAAACUUUUUAUUUCGAAACAUUUCAGUUACAUGUAACUGUUUGUACGUUCACAAUAGAAUUUUCUGCAAUUGUGUAUUGAAUAGAAAUACUACGUAUGUAUGUGUAUUCUUUCACACUACGGUACUAAUAUUGAAACAUGUUUUUUUUUGUUCUAUAUGUAAAAAAAAAAUAUAUUUUAUUUAAAUAGUAACUUUAUAUAAUUGUUAAUACCGUUUGUGAUAUUUUAUGUUAUCAUAGUUUUCAAUUAACUUAGUAUUAUUUUUUCAAUAUUUGUACUGUAAUGUUGACCAAUAUUUAUUCUAAAUAUACUUAGUACUUAAUACUAUCUACUAUUUGCGCGAGGCUAGAAAAUAUUUUGAGUUGCUUUCUAAUAUUAUAUAACUUAUCAUAAAUAUGUAUAAACUUAGGCAUGGCUACUAACUGUGUAAUCCUAUAUCAUUGUUGUGAUGGGACCAAAAAAUUUGCAAAAUUUCUUUUGUUAUUUGAGAAAAGUGUAUCGGUCUCUUGUAAAUAAAUUGUUGAGAAAAAAGUGUAUCUAAGCAUUGUGUUUGUGAGAAAUACGUUGCUUUUAUUAAUUUGUUGAAUUUUAAAUAUGAUAAUAAAAACUACUGAAUAUCGAAUGUGUUGCUAAAAGUUUCGUUAUUUUGUGUACAAAAAAGCAUUGCGUGGGGCGUUAAUGACUAAGAUGGGAUUGUUUUUAAAAAUCGAUACAAAAACACCACAAUUAUAGGCCGCGUUUACAUAUUGCAUAUUCUUCAUACCUGGGUAAAGUAUUGCACACAAAGACAUUGCCAAUAAAUAACAUGUAAUAUUUAAAACAACACAUAAAAAAAUUCAAUCCAAAAUCGCUAAGACAGAGCAUGUCAGAAGUUUUUAAUCGACUUCCCAGAAAGGAGGUUCUCAAUUCGUCAGGAUCUUUGUUUUUGUACCUGCAGCUCACUCGAUAAGCAGAAUAUUGAAUCUGCAGACUCGGCCUGUGAUUUAAUAUCUUAUUACCUUGCUUAAGUUACAAUGUAAAUGAAAAAUGCCAAUUCGCAUUGUUUGUAUUAUUGUACUUACUUGUAAUUAGCCGUGUAAAUGAUGUAUCAUUUUGUAACU